GUCAGAACUGACAGCGUGGCCCACAGCCCCCAUCCUAAGUCACAUCGUUAGAUUGUCCAGUGGCCAAAGUCCCAGGCAAAGAGAGACAUUUCUACAGGUAGGACAUUCUGGGGGCCGGCAGACACCUCUGAGGAGCUAAGACAAAGGCAAGACCUCUCUUUGGCCAGCAAGAUAAAGGCAGCUGCUAGGCGGGCAGAGGACAGAGACGCGAGCCAGGGCAGCGAGAAGGCGUCUAAAGAGGCCAGCAGAGCAGGACCAGCCCUGAAUAAGAAGCCGAAGCGGACAGACAGACCAUUAGAUCACACCUGCCACAGACCUCGAGCACCCCUCAGCCAAGUGGGACCUUCAGAAGGAUGGCCAAAGCCCAGACGCAGGCAGCCCCCAUGCCGACCAUUCCGAUGGCCACCGCAGAGGACCUGCCCCUCCCUCCGCCCCCAGCCCUGGAGGAUCUGCCACCACCACCGCCCAAGGAGUCCUUCUCCAAGUUCCACCAGCAGAGACAAGCCAGUGAGCUCCGCCGCCUCUACAGGCACAUCCAUCCUGAGCUCCGCAAGAACCUGGCCGAGGCCGUGGCUGAAGACCUGGCUGACGUCCUGGAUUCUGAGGAGCCCACGGAGGGUGACGUCCAGUGCAUGCGCUGGAUCUUUGAGAACUGGCGGCUAGAUGCCAUUGGAGACCGUGAGAGGCCGCCUGCCAGGGAGCCCGUGUCCGGCGGCGAUGUCCAGGCUACCUCCCGCAAGUUUGAGGAAGGCUCCUUUGCCAACAGCACAGACCAGGAGCCAGCCGGACCGCCGCCAUCCGGAGGGGAUGUUCGUGCAGCCCGCCGGCUGUUUGAGACAAAGCCGCUGGAUGAGCUGACUGGCCAGGCCGAGGCAGUGGAGGCUAUGGUGAGGGAGCCUGAGGCCAGCGGGGAUGUACAGGGUACCAGGAUGCUCUUUGAGACGCGGCCGCUGGACCGCCUGGGCUCCCGCCCCUCCAUCCAGGAGCAGAGCCCCUUGGAGCUGCGCUCAGAGAUUCAGGAGCUGAAGGGCGACGUAAAGAAGACAGUGAAGCUGUUCCAAACAGAGCCACUGUGUGCCAUCCAGGAUGCAGAGGGUGCCAUCCACGAGGUCAAGGCUGCGUGCCGGGAGGAAAUCCAAAGCAACGCAGUGCAAUCUGCCCGCUGGCUCUUUGAAACCCAACCUUUGGAUGCCAUCAACAGGGACCCCAGCCAGGUGCGGGUAAUCCGGGGGAUCUCCCUGGAGGAGGGGGCCCGGCCUGACGUCAGUGCAACUCGCUGGAUCUUUGAGACACAGCCGCUGGACGCCAUUCGGGAGAUCUUGGUGGAUGAGAAAGACUUCCAGCCAUCCCCAGACCUUAUCCCUCCUGGUCCAGAUGUUCAGCAGCAGCGGCAUUUGUUUGAGACCCGAGCACUAGACACUCUCAAGGGGGAAGAGGAGUCUGGAGCAGAGCAACCACCCAAAGAAGAAGUAGUUCCUGGGGAUGUCCGCUCAACUCUGUGGCUAUUUGAGAUGAAGCCACUGGACACUCCUAGAGACAAGGUCCAAGUGGGCCACCUGCAGCGAGUGGGUCCCCGGGAGUGUGAGGGGCUCACGUCUGAGCAUCUACCCAGCAACAGCUCCUCCACACUGUCCCACUCUCAAAGUGCACCACAGAGGGAUGGGGUGAAGGGGGACGUGAAGGCCUUCAAGAACCUUUUCGAGACCCUUCCCCUGGACAGCAUUGGACAGGGUGAGCCUUUGGCCCACAGGAGUAUGAACAGAGCAGAGGGAAUGGAUUCUACUGGGCAGUCCCAGGACAUAGGGUCCCCAGUGUAUGCCAUGCAGGAUGGCAAGGGCCACCUCCAUGCUCUGACCUCUGUCAGCAGAGAGCAGAUAGUUGGAGGUGAUGUGCAGGGCUACCGGUGGAUGUUUGAGACACAGCCCCUGGACCAACUGGGCCGAAGCCCCAGUACUGUGGACGUGGUACGGGGCAUCACCCGGCAGGAAGUGGUGGCUGGAGACGUUGGCACUGCCCGGUGGCUCUUUGAGACCCAGCCCCUGGAGGUAAUCCACCAGCGGGAACGGCAAGAACGCCAGGAAGAAGAAGGAAAGAGCCAGGCAGGUUCCCAGCCUGAGGCAAUCCCCAAAGGUGACGUGCAGACCAUCCGGUGGUUGUUUGAGACAUGCCCAAUGAGUGAGUUGGCAGAAAAGCAGGGGUCAGACGUCACCGAUCCCACAGCUAAGGCUGAGGCACGGUCCUGCACCUGGAUGUUUGCGCCCCAACCCCUGGACAGGCCAGAAAGCUCCAGGGAGCAGCACCUGCAGGUUAGCCAGAUUCAGGCUGGGGAAAGACAGACAGAUGGACAUGUCUUCGAAACUGAGCCUCUGCAGGCCUCAGGCCGUCCCUGCGGAAGAGGGCCUGUGCGAUACUGCAGCCGAGUGGAGAUCCCUUCGGGGCAGGUGUCUCGGCAGAAGGAGGUUUUCCAGGCCCUAGAGGCAGGCAAGAGGGAAGACCAGGGGUCCAGGGUACUCCCUGAGCCCAUCUCUGUGGGCUCUGUGCACAAGUUCACCUGGUUCUUUGAGAAUUGCCCCAUGGGCUCCCUGGCAGCAGAGAGCAUCCAAGGGGGCAACCUCCAGGAAGAGCAGCCUGUGGGCCCCUCGGGCAACAGGGUGCCAGAGAGGCAGGAGACCGCAGCUGAGGGGACUCUGCGGACUCUGCACACUGUGCCUGGCCUCCUGCACCAUGGAGGCAUCCUUAUGGAGGCCCGAGGGCCGGGGGAGCUCUGCCUUGCCAAAUAUGUGCUCCCAGGCCCAGGGCAGGGGGGACCCCACAUACGGAAGGAGGAGUUGGUGUCUGGCGAGCUUCCCAGGAUUGUCCGCCAGGUGCUGCGCCGGCCAGAUGUGGACCAGCAGGGGCUGCUGGUUCAGGAGGACCCAGCAGGCCAGCUCCGCUUUAAGCCGCUGAGGCUGCCAGCUCCAGGCAGCAGCGGGAAUGUCGAGGACAUGGAUCCUGAGUUCCAACAGUUGCUGGCUUGUGGCCUGGGGACCUCAAUAGCAAGGACUGGGCUGGUGAUGCAGGAGACAGAGCAGGGCCUGGUCUCACUGACCGCCUACUCCCUGCAACCCCGGCUGACCAACAGGGCCCCUGAGAGGGGCAGUGUGCAGCUGCUGGCCAGCUGCAUAGACAAAGGGGACCUGAGUGGCCUGCACAGUCUGCGGUGGGAGCCACCAUCCGAUCCAAGUCCAGUGCCAGCCAGCGAGGGGGCCCAGAAGCUGCCCCCAACAGAGAACAUCAUCCAUGUUCCCCCACUGGACCCCAGCAUGGGGAUGGGGCAUCUGAGAGGCCUGGGGGGCACCCCCCACCUCCCACAGGCCAUUGGAAAGGCAGUGCCCCUGGCUGGGGAAGAAAAGCAAGAAGAUAGUUGCACUGGGCAGAAAGGGAGAGCGGCUUUGGGAAAGUCCGAAGGAACCACAACUGCAUCCCGGGGGCCUGGGGCCCCAGACCUCCAGGCUGCCAUGCAAAAUCUGCGGAUGGCAACUGCUGAGGCCCAAAGCCUGCGCCAGCAAGUUCUGAAUAAGAACAACCAAGCUACUACCCCUGCAGCCAGCUCGGCGGCCCUGGAGCCAGCUCGGCGCCCUAACGGUUCUCAGCAAGCAUCAGCCGUGGUCACCGUGGCUGCCCAGAGCAACACUAGACCUAUGGCUGGAGGUGACCCCAGGAUCCCAGCACCCCCAAGAAAGGUCAGUGGGGAACAGAAAUCACUGCCCAAAGGGCUGCCUGAGGGGUGGGUGACUAUUCAGGAUGGCAUCUACACUGCUUACCCCGUGAGGACCUUUGAACCACGCAGGGGUGUCCAGCCUUCUGAAAGAGAGCCCCCACGGCGGGGCAGGGACACUGCCCUCUCAGCCCAGGCUCCCAGCCCACUCCAGGAAGCCCCAGGUCAGAGUCUGAGGCCUGGGUGGGAGGAGCCUGGGGGCUGCACACAGAUGGCCUGGGGAUCUCCAGAGAAGGCAAUGGCAAGAGUCAGCCCAGGAGGCCUCCAAGCUGCAGAGACCACCCUGAAGGUUGCCUCUUCAGCCCACCACACUCUGGCCUCUGGGCCUUGGCCUGCAGGUGCCAGUCUGCACUCCCAUAAUGCCUCUGUUCCUCCUCCUCCUCUUCUCCCAGCUGCUGUGACAGGACCAGACGUCCCAGCCCAAACCCGCCAUGAUGAGGACUCUCUCCGGCAGGACUCCAAGCCCCUGCAGGACCCCCUUCUCCACUCCCACAGCAGCCCUGUUGGCCAGAGAACCCCUGGGGAGUCACAGACAAGGACCCCAGAACUGGAGCCCAAACUGCCCCCAAGGAAGAAGCCUCAGCUACCCCCCAAGCCUGCAUGCCUAAGCCGGAUCCCCCCUCCUCAGAGGCCGCCCGCACUCUCAGCUCUAUCUCGCAGCUCCUCCACAGCGGCAGGACAAGGAGCACACAAGCCAGGUGAGAGAGAUGCAACAGCCCUUCAGCCAGCCAACGUCCCCACCACUGCAGGCCAGAGAUGUGUAUCUCUGGCUGGAUGCCCACGUGAACAGACCCAGCCCAGCCCCCAGCAUGGCCCCAGCACCACGGUUUCCGGACUCACCAAGAGCCAGGCUGCAGGCAGCAAUGCCCAGAGCCCUGAGCCCCCCAAGCUCUCAGCUCUCAGCAGUCACCCCACAUCACCACAGCAGGGUCCCAGUCCACCAAGGGAGGGGCCCACGGCAGGUUCCCAGCAAGCCGCCCCUGAGAGCACUGAGAUUCUGCAGGGAAGCCAGCAAGAACUCCAGGGCCUCCUGAGCCAGAUGCAAGCCUUAGAGGAGGCGGCCGCAAGCAGUGUGGAUGUGCGGGUGCUGAGGAGGCUCUUUGAAACUGUGCCCCAGCUGGGAGUGGCCCCUCAGACUUCUGCUGCCCCCCACAAACCUGAGGCCUCAGUGGUGCUGGCCUUUGGGGAGCUGACAAAGGUCAGCACAGAGGUGGCCCGGCUGAGGGAACAGACUCUGGCCAGGCUGCUGGACAUUGAGGAGGCCGUGCACAAGGCUCUCAGCUCCAUGUCCAGCCUGCAGCCUGAGACCAACACCAGGGACCAUUCCCAAAGACCGCUGAAGGCCCACAGUGCCUGCAAGAUCAGUGACACAGACAGAAGUAAAGCCAGACCUAACUGCUCAGGCCAGGAGGUCAGAGGGCAAACUGUAGUCAAGAACCAAACCCAAGUUGCAAGCCAUACUGAGGUCCAGAGUCAGGCCAAGGUCAGAAAUCACACAGAGACCAGGGGUCAAGCAGCCUCAGAUGUCCCUUCUACCAGGAGGCCAGAGUCACUGAAAGAAGACCCAGGCCUCCCUGGAGUCUUGCCUUCCAGCAGAGAUCCGUCUUGCUCCCCAACAUUCAUCUCCAUUGAGUCAGCCGCAAGGAAGCUUCCAGAGGCUGCCAGCCCCAAGGGCAUCCUUGAUGUCUCAGUGAAAAGCACUCACCUAGCACAGGAUGUGAGCCAGGCCCGGCUCCACCAGAAAGGUCUCCAGGACAAGGCUGGCAAGAAGGAGGUCACCCAGUGCUCUGGGCAGCCCAAGCCUGCCCCUGCCUCAGCCAGCCCCCUGCCCACUGGGCAGCAGAAGAGCGUUCUGGAGCUGCAGACUGGACCGGGGGGCUCCCAGUGCUGUGGAGCCAUGAGAAUGGUUACCCAGCAGUCUGAAAGGGUGGGCCCGUGCAGGAACCCAGUCCUCUCAUCCCCCACCGUGGUCACCAGGCAGGCAGAGCUGUCCAGGGGCCCAGGCCCCCACCUCGAGCUCCAUGCUUCCCCCUUGCUCCGUCAGUUCCUGCACAGCCCAGCCAGGUUCAGCGGGGACCUGGCCGAAGCCGGGAUGGCUCAGACCCCCCGUGGCCACCCCCAGCCCGCGGCCCAGUGAACCCCUCCGCCUCCACCACAGCCUCCCAUCAGCACUGCGGAGGACCGAGGUGGGCACUGAU